GCCUUUCACAAUCUAUACCAGUUUUUGAUUUAUGCUCUCAGAUAUACUAUAUAGCAAAAGAACCAAAUCAAUAUCACAAAAUUACAAAAUAUGCUUUAAAAAAAGCAAAAGAAAAAGGCAUGUUUGAUUAA